AUGUCUGUUUCACUUGGCGAUUUAAAUGAUGCUGUUGUUGCCUCAUUGAGGGAAACAGGAAAAUUGGGACAAAUCACUGCUCAGAUUCGUGCAGAAAUAUAUAGAAUUCUAACAGAAGACCAACAAAAUCAUAAUCAGAUUCCCCUUUGUAAAGAAAAUUUUAUAAUCAAUGAGUUAAUUCGAGAAUACAUGCAAUUUAAUGGAUAUUCAAAUUCAUUAUCAGUCUUUUUACACGAAACUGGCCAACCAAUUGAUCCAAUGAAUAGAGAAUUUCUUGCUCAUAGUUUAGAAAUAAUACCAAACAAAUCAGUUCCUCUUCUUUAUUCACUUGCUGAUCCUAAUAGUAGAAAAGGAAGUAAUAUUUCCCAGGAAACGCCAGAUUCAGAACCGAGCAGUCCUGAGAAGCAAAAAAUCAAUGCUAAACCUUUAUACUACGAUGAUUCCGAUAAUGAAGGAUUCUUUGAAAUCAAAUCAUCCAAAUAA